UGCCUGCCUCUGACACUGACCACAUCAUCUCUGCCAACUUUGAAGAGCACCGCGCCCAGCCCAGUCUCAGAAUGGCACUGCCCCCCAGCCCCCUGGCCAUGGAAUAUGUCAAUGACUUUGACUUGAUGAAGUUUGAGGUCAAGCGGGAGCCCCCUGAAGGGCGAGCUGGCCUCCCCAUGGCCUCCCUGGGUUCCACACCCUACAGCUCGGUGCCGCCUUCACCCACCUUCAGCGAGCCAGGUGUGGUGGGGGCCACCGAGGGCCCCCGGCCAGGCCUCGAGGAGCUGUACUGGCUGGCCACCCUGCAACAGCAGCUGGGGGCUGGGGAGGCACUGGGGCUGAGUCCUGAGGAGGCCGUCGAGCUGCUGCAGGGGCAGGGCCCAGUGGUCCCUGCUGAGGGGUCCCAAGGCUACUACCCAGAGAGCCCGGAGGAGACAGAAGCCCAGCAUGAGCAGCUGGCCGAGCGGUUUUCGGACGCAGCGCUGGUGUCCAUGUCGGUGCGGGAGCUCAACCGGCAGCUGCGCGGCUGCGGGCGCGACGAGGCGCUGCGGCUGAAGCAGAGGCGCCGCACGUUGAAGAACCGCGGCUACGCGCAGGCCUGCCGCUCCAAGCGGCUGCAGCAGCGGCGCGGCCUGGAGGCGGAGCGCGCUCGCCUGCUGGCGCAGCUGGACGCGCUGCGCGCGGAGGUGGCCCGCCUGGCCCGGGAGCGCGACCUCUACAAGGCUCGCUGCGACCGGCAGGCGACAAGCGGCCCCGGGGCCGGGGACCACGCCCCCUUCUUCCUCUGA